AUGGCGUUUAACACGGUCCUCUUUGGUGUAUGCUGUACACUAAUCAUAACAUUUCACCUCUCUCAAGCCAGAUUUAUUAGCAGUCGCCAUCAAGGGUUCAUUGAUGAACACAACAAAGCUCGAGCAGAGGUUGGUGUUGGUCCGAUCACAUGGAAUGAAACUGUAGCAGAGUACGCACGAAAGUAUGCCAAAACAAGAAUUAAGACCUGCGAAAUGGAGCAUUCUGGAGGACCCUACGGCGAGAAUUUGGCUGAAGGUUUUGGUAAAAUGUCAGGUGCACAAGCUGUGAGGUAUUGGGUGACUGAGAAGCCUAACUAUGACUAUGCCUCUAACAAAUGUGUUAAUGAUGAAUGUUUGCAUUAUACACAAGUGGUUUGGCGCGAUUCUGUUAAUCUCGGUUGUGCUAGGACCAGAUGUAAAAAUGGGUGGGUGUUUAUAAUUUGUAAUUAUUAUCCUCCUGGGAACUAUAUCGGAGAGCGUCCCUAUUAG